ACCAUGGGCAACCGUAAAAUCAGUUCUGAUCUCAAGGAGUGUGCACUACGACUAUGGAAUGCUGGCUGGGACGUCGAGGACAUUCAAAAUGCCCUAGGAGUUUCCCGUGCUAGUAUUUAUCGCUGGGAAUCAAUCUUCGCAGAGUUUGGCACUGUCAACCAUCCCCCGUCGCCAAUACGUGGCCAAGAGCUUCGCAUCCUCACCCGUGCUCUCAUGACAGUCUGUGAGGAGUUGCUUGCUGAAGAAUCAGACAUAUAUCUCGAUGAACUUGCAACGUGGCUUGCUCUCACUCACGACAUCAGCAUUUCAAUUCCUACACUUUCUCGAAACCUCAAGGAAGCUGGCCUAACG